CUUCUCUCCCGUCCGCGGUGCCCAACGCCGGCAGGAGGGCUCGGACGCGCCAGGAGGACUCCGGGGCCCGCUGCAUCGGUCGCCUGCUGCCCAAAAGAAGCCACAGAGCUUCCUCCGCUGUUUGGACCGGGGCUGCAACUUCUCCUUGGCAUUACCCGGGGAGGCCGCCCCUUUGGAGCCGGGCACCCCUUCUCCCCCCCCCCCCCCCCGCCGCGGCCAAGAUGGAAGCCUUCAGCUCGCGCAACCUGGCCCUGCAAGCGGAGAAGAAGAUCCUCAGCCGGAUGGCCAGUAAGUCCACGGUCACCAUGUUCAUCGACGAGACCAGCGGCGCCGUCCUGGACGAGCUCUACCGCAUCUCCAAGGAGCACACGAAGGACCGGGCCGCGUCCCAGAAGGUCAUCAAGGACCUCGUCAAGGUGGCCGUCAAGGUCUCUGUCCUGUACCGGAACCACCGCUUCAGCGACCCCGAGCUGGCCCUGGCCGAGGAGUUCAAGCACAAGCUGCGCCAGGGGGCCAUGACGGCCGUCAGCUUCCACCAGGUGGCCUUCACCUUCGAGCGGGCCGUCCUGGUCGAGCUGCUGGAGGAGUGCCGCGACCUGCUGCUCCGGCUGGUCGAGAAGCACCUGACGGCCAAGUCCCACGGCCGCAUCCGCCACGUCUUCGACCACUUCGCCAACCCCGAACUCCUCGCCCGGCUGUACAGCCCGGGGGGCCCCUUUGAGCCCCACCUGGAGAAGGUCUGCCAGGGGCUGAACCAGCUCAUGGACCAAGGGAAGCUGUGAGCCCGCCAAGAGGGGGGGUCCUGGGGGAGCUGGGGAGGGGAGCAAAGCACCCUGGAGGCCACGUGGGUGGGGGCCUGCGGGUGGGCCAACGGCCAAAGGAACUCACACCCGCUUCAGCUAUUGACCCUUCCCAUCCCUGGGAUUUCGUACCAGGGAAAUUUUGAAGGGGAGGGUCCAAAUUCCCAGAAGCCCACCCCCAAGCUCGCUUUCGUGGAGGAUCGGCGGGCCGCCUUUGCAAUUGAGGAGGACUAAAAGCUUAGGAUGAAAGCUGAGCUUUUCCAACAGGCUGAAAGGGUCCCCAGAUGCCAACGGGGCCAACUCCCUUUUCAAUUCUUUCUGGUUGAGGGGUGCAGGGGGGUUGGAUUUUGGGGGGGUUACGGUCGGUUGGGAGAGAGAAAGUGGAACCCUUUCAUUCCUUUUCGCAGCAAGCAGCCAAACGCUUGGAGGUACCUGGCAUUUGUGGGGCUGAAACUCGGGGCCAAAACUGCUUUGGGGGCACGGGGGUCCCCCGCCUCCCUUUCGCUAGAACUGCCUGAAAAAGAGGGGGAGCCCCUUUGUGAGUCUAUGGAAAACAUCAAAAUGGAUUCUAGCUUGGCUUUAGGGGGGGUGGAAACCCAGAAAUCCUCCCCCCUCCUUGGGGUCUCUUCCCUAACCCUUCAUUUGGACGUCUCUGAGAAUUUCAUCAGCCACAUUACCUCGUCUGUAAUUUUUGUCUCAGGGAAUGCAGGAUCUGAAAAUAAACUUGACUCUAUUUUUUUUUUAAAUGCCAUGUUUCUUUCUCUCUUUUUUGGGGGGGGCAGAAAAAGGCACUCUGUCUAGCGAGGUUCUCACCAUGCUCUGCUCCAAAAUUGGCUCCUUCUGAGCGCCUGACUACCAAAAUAUCUUCUUCCUUCCCCAAUUUCAGAUUCAGAUUCUUCAGUCUCACAUCCGCACAAGUUUUGAUUUUUAAUUUUUUUUAUCCCCUCCCCCAGAUCACGAACAUGAAACACCCACACCUUCCUCAUUUCACUCUGGGGCACCAAGUUUUCCACUUUUUACAAGCGAAUCUCUCGUGGGAAGUUCCCUCGCCUGCUUGGGGGGGAAAGGGCCACCUCAGGCCAGUGACUCAUCGGGAGAGACAGCAGGCACCCUCCCAAAGGGAAAGCCACUCUAUAGAGCCUCCACGGCAGGAGUGUCGGUACGGUAAUCCGACCCCGCUCGGAUAAAUCUUAGCUGAGCGAGGGGAUCACACAGAUGCAACAGGGAGACUCUGGGACACGGGCUGAUUCCUGGGGCUGCUGACGACCCCCAGGGAGGCAUUGGGUGCCACUAGCCGAAACCUUUCAGAUAACCGAGCGCGCGCACAGAGCCCAACAGCGGUACGCAGAAUCAGCAAAACCUGUAGUUAUUUAAUUAGAGAGUCGGGUGCCACAAAUCUCGGCCGAGGCCUCAGAGAAAAAUCAAAAGGGCUGAAGACGGAGGGGU